CAGCGAAUUUUCCCUCCAUUUCAGGUUUAGAAUCUCCUACAAUCUUCUCCUGAUGUAGAGGAGAAGAGUUCAGAGUUGUGAAAUGGCAAGACAUGGACAAAGCUGAGAGAACUGAGAGAAGACCACUCAGAAGAAUCCCCCUCUCCGACUGCACCAACACAGCUGCUGCCGCCGUCUCCGAAGGCGUCCGCACCGCCAAGUCAUCGACGGCAAAGUCUGUAGCCAGACCCACAAAGCCCCAUCCCUCCAAAAAGAGGAAGCCCGAGCAGAAUAGCUCUAGCAGGUCCGAUACCGGAUCCAACGAUAUCCGCAAUGCCCCAAACCCUAGCUCCCUUAACGACGCCGUUUCGCCUCCGCCGCCCAAAGCUUCGACCCCUGUUCGCGCCUCCAAGUCUUCAUCGAAUUUGAGUUCUGGUAAAGUAGAUGAUGAUGUUUUUGAACCACUUACUGUCUACAAUCGAAGAAAUACUGCAGCAAAACGGAAGGGUAAAGAGAAGGCAGUGGCCGAGCCUUUGAGUUGUCCUCCUUUGGAAAGGAUGAGGAACGAACUUAAUAAGGAUGGAGAUACUCGUGUAUCCAAGUCAUACACAGCUCCUAAUCGAAAGAAACAGCGUGUUCCCAAAAAUGACUUGUCACAAGAUUUUAUUGAGGAGCAGAAAGCUUACUUUGCAGAGGUUGAUGCAUUUGAACUACCAGAAGAGGUUGUGUCUGACAGUGAGUUGGAGUAACUGGAAUCCUUACAAUAAGGCGGGUUGACCAAUCAUGGCACCAUUUAUACUCCUUGUUUUCUGUAUAGUUAAAAAUGAUCUAUUUGAUGUUGAAAAUGUCUAAUGUUUUUCCAAAAGGUCUCACUGUACACACAACUCUGGAAGUCCCAACUCGAAGUAGUCGGUAAACUAAUCAAUUUGAUCUUUUCUUAAGGUCCAAACGCAGCCAGACAAGAAAUGGUAGCUCAACACAAUAAAAUCCAAAUCGGUGUAUUCAUAUUC